UAUUAGAACCCGGAAAUCGGCCGAGUCUCGAAUGGAUUCGGAAAAAGUAGUUCGCGCAAUGGCUCGCUGGUGGCAGACUGUUAGUCAGGAGGAUGGUGAGGGAAAUGCCCACAAUCCUAUGCUCUACGAUCCUCUGCAGGAUGGAGUGGUGAAGACUUCCAAGGGACGUCAAUAUCUGGCUGCUCUGAUAAUUUGUUUGGGUGCGGUUUCUGCCGGUACGGCCUUAGCCUGGACCAGUCCUGUGCUGCCUCAGAUUACUCCAGACAAAUCGAAUAAUUCAACAAAUUCCAAUUCCACAACUAACAACCUCUUGGGCAAUUCUUCAAUUGUCAAUGCAAUUGCAAAUGGAACGGACUCUACUGACGAUAGAAUUAUACUGAGUGUCAGUGAAGAAACAUGGGUGAGCUCCCUAUUGGCCAUUGGCGCCUUUUUUGGGGCUUUGCCAACUGGAUAUAUAGCCGACACGAUCGGCCGGCGCUACACAGCCAUGGUCAUGGACGUGCCCUUCAUUUUGGCCUGGAUCUCACUUGGCUUUGCCCAAUCAGUUGGCUGGUUGUAUGUGGGUCGCUUCCUCAUUGGUGUUGCUACGGGUAGCUUCUGCGUGGUGGCUCCCAUGUACAUUUCGGAAAUUGCGGAGACUAGCAUUCGUGGAACCCUGGGAACAUUGUUCCAACUUCUUCUUACCAUCGGAAUUUUGUUCAUUUAUUUGAUUGGAUCUCUAAUCUCCUGGCACAAUCUGAGCUUGCUCUGCCUCAUCUUUCCCGUUCUUCUGCUGGCUGGACUUUUCAUCCUGCCCGAGACUCCAGUCUAUCUUUUGAAAAAGGGUCGUCGCUCUGAGGCUGCACUUUCCCUGAAGUGGUUGUGGGGUCGCUACUGCGAUUCUCGUAGCGCCAUCCAGAUCAUCCAGAACGACUUGGACCAGGCUGGCGACGAUGCAUCAAUCUUGGACCUGUUCAGCAGCCGUGGCUCCCGCAACGGUCUUAUUAUCUCUGUUCUCCUGAUGGUCUUCCAGCAAUUCUCCGGCAUUAACGCGGUGAUCUUCUUCACGGAAUCAAUUUUCAAAUCGUCGGGAAGUACCCUGGACUCCUCCGUCUGCUCCAUUAUUGUGGGCGUGGUUCAGGUGAUCAUGACCCUCUGCUCUUCCCUACUGAUCGAACGGGCCGGACGCAAAAUGCUGCUGCUUUUCAGCAGUACGGUGAUGUGCAUCUGCCUAGCCAUUCUGGGGGCUUACUAUAACAUGUUGGAGAGUAAAAAAGACGUCUCAUCCAUUGGAUGGCUUCCGCUGUUCUGUGUUGCCUUCUUCAUCAUCAGUUUCUCGGUAGGAUACGGUCCAAUUCCUUGGCUCAUGAUGGGCGAACUCUUCCUGCCGGACGCCAAGGGCAAGGCCGUCUCCCUGACCGUCAUGUUUAACUGGGUCUGUGUUUUUGCCGUCACCAAGUGCUUUGCUUCGAUGAACGCAAGCUUUGGAUCAGAUGUAACAUUUUGGUUCUUUGCCACCUGCAUGGCCGUGGCCACCCUUUACGUUGCCCUUGCAGUGCGUGAGACAAAGGGAAAGACUGCUGGCCAAAUCCAGGACUGGCUAAGUGGACACUAGGAAUAUUCCCGAAGGUGCAAUAUGUUUUCCUUAGUUUAGAUUAGUUAAAGUCCUAGAGAACUCGUAGGUGAAUAAGCAGCCAAUGCCAAAAAAUAACAAACGAGAUUCAUGUCGAUCACCAAAUGGCCCGAUAUCUUUGCAA